UUAACCAUAGUGCUUUUAUUACAUGACUCAUUAAACCUGUUCUCGUGCCUCCCGAAAUUACUAUGGAAAUUCACGAGGCGAAAGCUGACUUCUCGGAGGAUAUUGUGCUCGCUUACUUGAAACAAUGCUCGGAGGCCGUCGGGAACCUGACGAGUGACUUGACAGUCGGCGACGGCGAGAGGUUCUGCAGCAGUGACGACGAGGAUGCCGAGGCCGCGAAAGGCUCCUCGAGAACUGAAGAGCCAGAGGUGUUUAGCGUGAGAGUCAAAGAUCGCGCCAAGUCGAUUGACAGCGGUGUUUGUGUUGAUCCGAGGAAAGAAAACGACUUGCGCAAAGUCGAACAGACAGAAAACGGAGAGAGGAAGUGUAGGAGAAACCAUAGUAAAUCAAGGGAGAGUGAAAGCAGUUCUCAGGAGGACGGUGCUUUUUCCAGCCUGGGUGCUUGCAAGUGCCCCGACUUUGAAGACAGUGAUGAAGACUGGGAGAAGCCUAAGUCUCUUGUGAUGAGCUUCAAAAAAGGGGAUUUAUUUGCAGUGUUAUUACCAGACGAUGCCACCUGGUGGGGAGUUAUGUCGUUACGCUCGACGGCGGUGGGAUACGUGCCUAGAUCCUAUCUUAAGACGGAUAUCACACGCUAUAACCCGGUUGGCUCUCAGUGUCACUGGUCAUGCAAGAUGCAGAAUGUCACUGCAAGAUCAGAUUCCUUUUGCAUUGGAUUUUUGCAACAUUUAGAAGCAUCUUCAGGCCGUGGCGGUGCUUGCUCCCUGGCGCGUGUAACAGUACCUUCCAUGAGCGUGCCGGUGUUCGAAAGCUUAUUCACUUAG